AUGCGAAAUCUCAGGUGUACUGUGGAUGACCGGGUCACGCGGGUGGCGUGGUUGAACCGCAGCACCAUCCUGUAUGCCGGCAAUGACAAGUGGUCUAUAGACAACCGCGUGGUCAUCCUCUCCAACACCAAGACCCAGUACAGCAUCAAGAUCCACAACGUGGACGUGUACGAUGAGGGCCCCUACACCUGCUCCGUGCAGACAGACAAUCACCCCAAGACCUCGCGCGUCCACCUCAUCGUGCAAGUGCCCCCCCAGAUAGUCAACAUCUCGUCGGACAUCACCGUGAACGAGGGCAGCAGCGUGACCCUCAUGUGCCUGGCCUUUGGGAGACCAGAGCCCACCGUCACGUGGCGGCACCUCUCCGGGAAAGGGCAGGGCUUUGUGAGUGAGGACGAGUACCUGGAGAUCACGGGCAUCACGCGGGAGCAGUCCGGGGAGUAUGAGUGCAGCGCCGUCAACGACGUGGCCGUCCCGGACGUGCGGAAAGUCAAAGUCACCGUCAACUACCCGCCGUACAUCUCCAACGCCAAGAACACGGGCGCCUCGGUGGGCCAGAAGGGCAUCCUGCAGUGCGAGGCCUCGGCCGUCCCCGUGGCGGAGUUCCAGUGGUUCAAGGAGGACACCAGGUUAGCGAACGGGCUGGACGGUGUGCGGAUCGAGAGCAAGGGCCGCCUGUCCACGCUGACCUUCUUCAACGUCUCGGAGAAGGACUAUGGCAACUACACGUGCGUGGCCACGAACAAGCUGGGCAACACCAACGCCAGCAUCAUCCUGUAUGGGCUCUGGCAUGAGGGAGAGGAUGGAGUCCAGCAGCAGGCUCAGGGAGGUGUGGAGAGGGAGAAGAGUGUCCACACCAGAUGGACUUGGGCAGCAUCAGUAUUGAGUGAAGCAGUGGAGCAGGGAGGAGCGGGCUCGGGGAGGGAUUGA